AUGGCAAGAUUAAUUUCAAAGAGAAUAAACGAUAACGAGACAAGGACGUCUUCUCCAAUCGAGAAGGACCAAUCUCUCUUCUCCUUUGAGGAGGAUAACAGCAGGAGGAACGCUUCGAGAGAGUUAAUGUUGCCUAUCAGUGCGGACAUCGCAAGGAUCAUUUCCGACGACAUUUCUGGAGACGAGGAAACAGCUGAGGAAUUGCCAAAGGCAGAAGAAUUGCGAUCGGCAAGACCUGCUCCAAGGAGAAGACCCUUUUAUCGAAUGCCGCCGCCUGUGGCAAGUCUCCCACCAAGAAGACCGGCUUCCUUCAAUAGAAGAAACGUUUAUACAGAUCCGCAGAGAACAUCUCCAUUGAGACCAUCGAGAAAACCAACCGAGCCAAAGAGGGCUCCCACGGAAAAGGAAUGUACUUUUUUCUCGAAAACUGUAUGCCUGGAAGCUACAGAUUAUCCACACGAAGCAAUAACGAGAAGUUUGAGAAGUAACAAAGACAUGGUGGCAGCUUUGUUAUCCGAUUAUAAAAUACAAGAGGGAAGAUUCGAUGAGCAUGCUUCCAAUCUGUUUAAAAAUCGAUACGAGAAUCGCUAUGAAAAUCGUUACGAGAAUCGAUACGAGAAUAAUGAAAUUAAAAGAUCUGACAAUCCAUUUGACAACGUCGAAGAAGGAUUCACCUGUCCAUCUACAGUUAAAUAUGCACGUCCACAAUUGGCCAGAGCAGCUUCUGGAAUUUGGAAAUACAUAAUAAAUACUGGAGAGCAUACACAAACGUUACGUCUUGAAAAGUGUUCAAAUACUCGAGACAGUUGUUCCUUCAUCUCAGAAAACUAUCGAUCGUCAUGCGUACAAGUUUACAACUAUCAUCGAUUGUUAACAUGGGAUUCGAAAUUAGGUCUUCAUAUGGAUAUUUUUAAGGUGCCUACAUGUUGUAGUUGUCACGUGCAUGGUUAUUCAGAAAUAUUUCCACCUCAUGAAAAAGAUCCACCACCUAAACCCAAAGAAAAGUUCCCCGGUGCUGAAUUUAUUACCAAUAACGAGCCAAACGACGAGUAUCAGGAAUUGAGUAAACCCAACCACAACUAUGUCGGCAAAUACAACAAUCCACAUUUUCCAGCACUAUCUAGUAACAAAAGGCCAGUGAUCGAGAGUUCGUCAACCAGUCGACCCAGUUUCACAAUUCCUGGAAGAACCAGACCAAAAAUACCCUCAUCUAUUCACAGACCCUUUGAUAAAUUACCUCAACAACAUGCACCCAAUACGAGAGCCCCUGGAUACAUUGGACCACUAAACAAGGGACCUUCUAGGCCUUCUAGACACAGACCACCGUUCAGAAGGGAGUCUAAUAAUCAAAUGGAGGAAUCUGUUGAUAAUCCUAACAAUAGCUCGUUCACCAGAUAUAGUCAACCAUUCGACCAAGAUAUAAACGCUUCUACUAGAUUACAAAACGGUGGAUUCGGUGACGAAGAAUUUCAAGAACCCCAAAGACGAAUUAAUUAUAAUUAUCAUCCAAUCUUAGAUUUCUUUAAACCGGAAGCAUCGAUGUUACAAUCUUCGGAGAUCAAAUUCCCAUUGCAAUUAUCCGAUGUUCCAAACGAUUCGACGAACUCUUGGAAACCAAUGUUAACGUCCUAG